AGCCUGCGGUCCUGGCCUUCUGCGAGUGCGACCGGGACUGGGCGGACCCGGAGUGCCGCACGCAGCGGAAGUCCCAGGCGGUCGCGUUCUCGCUCUCGCUGUUCGCUGGUUAUGUGGGGCUGGAUCACUUCUACCUCGGCGAGUACUACAGUGGCCUCGUCAAGCUCGGCACCCUCGGGGGCCUUGGCCUGUGGUGGGUCCUGGACGUCGUCCGCCUCGGCUCCGCGCCGGUCUACGCGUCCAGUGGUUUCCGGCUCGCCGCUGAUCUCCCGCACUGGAUAUACGUGGGCUCCGUGGUGGUCCUGUUCGCCUUGAUCGGCUACGGCUUCUUCGCUGUGAUCAACCCAAGCGCAACCAAGCAGCGCAAGCUGAAGAAGGCCAUGCUGCAGGCAGAGGAGGACUUCUUCAAGACGCGGAGCGCCACCGCAGAGAUCAACGCAAAUGACGCCGUGGGCAUGCCCGUCAGGUCGUCGUACCACGUCCCGUUGCCGACCGGCUUCAGUUACGGCACCAUGAUCCCUGAAGAGGUGAGGAGGGCCAGCUUCGGCAACCCGAUGGCCUCGUACUCCGUCUUCAACGACCAGCAGGCGCGCGCCGCCGGCGACGCGGCCGCCGCUGGGCAGGAGAUCUCGGCCCGGCUUCAGCAGGCCACCCCGAUGACCAACCCAGCAGAGGCGGCCACCGCGCCAGCGGGCUCAGGAGCAACGCCGCCUCCCACGCCGCCGGCCUCCGACGGUGCCCUCACGCCGAGAGGCGGCGAGGCCAGGCACGGCACGGUGUUCCUCGGCGCGCCCGUCGGCUGAGGAUCGGGCGGUGCGCCCUCUGGCUGUUUGUUGUGCAGCUUGUGAGGGCCAGGGCCAUCCCCCGUGCGGCUGCGCACACGAUGCCGCCAGCGCCUGGCUGGACCAGGAUGGGUGUUCGCUGCUACACGUAUAUACGCGCACCCAUCGCGGGCAAAGGGUGGGUCCGCUCGGGAGCGGUGCUGACGCACAGCGUCCCGCGGCCCGGCUGCAUCGCCGAGUGCAUGAAUGUACGUAUUUUCGGCAUCCGCCGUGGCGAAGUCUGCGGCGGCCGGCGCCGCGGACGCGCCUCCAGCGCCCACAUGGCCGCGAGGUCUCCUGGGCUCGUGGAAGUUACAACGGCCUCGCUCUCCGCCCGCAGGUUCUCGCGGCGUCCGCUCGCUGUCGCCACGACGAGGAAGGGCCCUGACGGAAGCGGGCCCUCGGGUUUCUCACACUUGUGGGCCUCUCGGGGCCCUCACCGGGCCUCGCUACCGUC